AGACUCUGGUUAGUUAUCUUCUAGGUUCAGGCUAAUUGAAAUUUUCGCGCGGCUUUGUUUUGUUUUACAGGGACUAUGUUGAUGCUAGCCACAACCUCACCGAACUUGUUGUCGGUCUCUGCUCUGCCGCACAAUGAUAAUGAAGCAAAGUCUUCUAGAUCCUCAAAUGGCUUCUUCUUCUCCAAACCCUCUUCAAGAACCUCUCUGUUCUCUUCGAAUUUGGAUCAUUCUUGUGCCAAAUUUCGUGUCUCAGCCUCGGUCGCCAUAUCCACUAACAGUGAAGUUAUAGACAAGAAUGUCAAGAUUAGCAAAUACUGUGAAAUGGGUAAUCUAAAAAACGCCGUGGAAUUGGUAUGCGGGUCUCAAAAAUCCGAGCUUGAUUUGGAGGGUUACUGCUCCGUCUUGGAGCUCUGUGCUGGACUUAAGUCGCUGCAAGAUGGUAAAAGGGUUCAUUCAGUUAUAUGUAACAAUGGCGCAGAAGUUGAUGGACCUUUAGGUGCAAAACUUGUUUUUAUGUUUGUAAAGUGUGGGGAUUUAAGAGAAGCUAGGCGAGUUUUUGAUCAAUUAUCAAAUGGAAAGGUUUUUCUUUGGAACCUUAUGAUCAAUGAGUAUGCAAAGGUUGGUAAUUUUAGGGAAGGUAUACAUUUAUUUAGGAAGAUGCAGGAGCUGGGUAUCCAAGCAAAUUCUUAUACAUUUUCUUGUAUUUUAAAGUGUUUUUCUUCCCUAGGAUAUGUACGAGAAGGUGAAUGGGUUCAUGGGUAUCUGUACAAAUUGGGAUUUGGUUCUGAUAACACAGUUGGUAAUUCGCUAAUGGCCUUCUAUUUUAAGAAUAGAAGAAUUGAAAGUGCACGUAAGGUGUUUGACGAAUUGAGUGAUCGAGAUGUUAUAUCGUGGAAUUCAAUGAUAAGUGCAUAUGUGUCCAACGGUCUUGCGGGGAAGGGGGUUGAGAUUUUCAGACAGAUGCUUUCUUUUGGGGUAGAUGUGGAUUUGGCUACUGUUAUCAAUGUUCUAAUGGCUUGUUCAGAUGGUGGAAAUCUUUCAUUGGGUAGGGCGCUUCAUUCUUAUGCAAUAAAAACUUGUUUGGACGUGGAUAUCAUGUUCUGUAAUAAUGUUCUAGACAUGUAUUCAAAAUGUGGCGAUCUGAGUAGUGCAACUCAAGUCUUUGGGAAGAUGGGUCAAAGAAGUGUUGUGUCAUGGACUUCAAUGAUAGCAGGGUAUGUCCGAGAAGGGCUUUCAGAUGAGGCGAUCGAAUUAUUCUCAGAAAUGGAAAGGAAUGGCGUUAGCCCAGAUGUUUAUACAAUCACAAGCAUACUUCAUGCGUGUGCUUGUAAUGGUUCAUUGAAAAAAGGCAGGGAUAUACAUAAGUACAUUAGGGAACAUGGCAUGGACUCCAGUUUAUUUGUCUGCAAUACUCUCAUGGAUAUGUAUGCGAAAUGUGGAAGCAUGGAAGAUGCUCACUCGGUUUUUUCUAAUAUGCCUGUGAAGGACAUUGUCUCGUGGAAUACCAUGAUAGGGGGUUACUCGAAAAUCUGUCUUCCCAAUGAAGCUCUUAAACUCUUUUCUGAGAUGCAACGGAAAUCAAAACCUGACGGCAUGACAAUUGCGAGUGUCCUUCCGGCUUGUGCCAGCCUAGCAGCUCUAAACAGAGGUCAAGAGAUCCAUGGCCAUAUAUUGAGAAAUGGAUACUUUUCGGAUCGGUAUGUUGCCAAUGCACUUGUUGACAUGUAUGUCAAGUGUGGGGUACUAGUUCUUGCACGAUUACUUUUUGACAUUAUUCCCAUAAAGGAUCUGAUUUCUUGGACUGUCAUAGUUGCUGGAUAUGGCAUGCAUGGAUUUGGAAGGGAAGCUAUUACUGCCUUUAAUGAGAUGAGAAAAUCAGGAAUAAAACCUGACGGUAUUUCCUUCAUUUCUAUACUUUACGCUUGCAGUCAUUCUGGGUUACUUGAUGAAGCAUGGAGAUUCUUUGAUAGUAUGAGAAAUGAGUACAGCAUUGUUCCAAAGUUAGAGCACUAUGCUUGUAUGGUGGAUCUUCUUGCCCGCACUGGGAAUCUAACCAAGGCAUAUAAGUUUAUUAACAAGAUGCCCAUUGAGCCAGAUGCAACUAUCUGGGGUUCCUUGCUCUGCGGUUGUAGGAUCCACCACGAUGUAAAACUAGCGGAGAAAGUCGCAGAACAUGUUUUUGAACUAGAGCCAGAAAACACGGGGUAUUAUGUACUUCUAGCAAAUAUUUAUGCAGAGGCAGAAAAGUGGGAAGCAGUGAAAACGUUGAGAGAGAGGAUUGGUCGGCAAGGCUUAAAAAAGAAUCCAGGCUGCAGUUGGAUAGAGAUCAAGGGGAAAGUUCAAAUCUUUGUCGCUGGAAAUAGUUCACACCCACAAGCCACAAAGAUAGAGUCUCUAUUGAAGCGAUUAAGAUUGAAGAUGAAGGAAGAAGGCUAUUCUCCUAAAAUGCAGUAUGCUUUGAUUGAUGCAGAUGAGAUGGAGAAAGAAGUGGCUCUCUGUGGGCAUAGUGAGAAGUUAGCCAUAGCAUUUGGGAUACUGAACUUGCCACCUGGGAAAACCAUACGGGUGACCAAGAAUCUACGAGUAUGCGGUGACUGUCAUGAGAUGGCCAAGUUCAUCUCUAAGACAUCUAGAAGGGAGAUUGUUUUAAGAGAUUCUAACCGCUUUCACCAUAUGAAAGAUGGGAGUUGUUCUUGCAGGGGUUUCUGGUAAACUGAAGUUGGACUUUGAAUGCAAGUAGGCUCAUCAAUUUUGAUACACUUGCAAAGUACCUCCUCCAAAGGUUGAUUGUCACGCACAUGAUCAAGCUAUUGUUGUAUAUAACUGCUUUUCGAUCGACCAACAUAAAACACUCUGGAUAGACAUUUGAGUUAGGAUCUUAAUAUGGGCCAAUUUGAAGAGAUGCUUGCUCCGCAGUUUCGAUGU